UGUUUGUUGUAUGAUUAAUAUAUCAUAUUGCUUGAUCUCUUCUUCAUUCUUGAUUUAUUGAUUUGAUCUAAUAAUAUAAUAAUUACAAAGCAGCCCAGUUGGCUUUUCUUGUUUUUCUCUUCAAAGCUUGGAUUUUUCAGCCAACAAAAACCAACCCAGAUCAAUUCUGAAAUCAAUUUGGGAAUUGAAAGAAGAUUCGGAUUCCGAACAGGUUGAAUUCCACCUUUUGAUGUCUUUACAGCAUUCAAGGUUGAGGUUUCUGUUUACAGAAAGGUAGAAGGGUACAAGUAAAGAUCUUGGGGGUGUUGGGAUUUUUCAAGUUUCAAGGUUUAUGGAGAUGGCUGGUGUUCAAGAUCAGUUAGAGGUCAAAUUUAGAUUGACUGAUGGGUCAGAUAUUGGUCCUAAAACCUUCCCUGCUGCUACCAGUAUUGCAACCUUGAAAGAAAGCGUUCUUGCACAAUGGCCUAAAGAGAAGGAGAAUGGUCCAAGGACAGUGAAAGAUGUUAAGUUAAUUAGUGCUGGAAAAAUAUUAGAGAACAGAAAAACACUGGGGGAGUGCCAAAGUCCUCUCUGCGAUAUUCCCGGUGGGUUGACGACGAUGCAUGUUGUCGUUCAACCUCCGACGGAGAAAGAGAAGAAGGCAACAAAUCACGCACAGCAAAACAAAUGUGUUUGUGCCAUAUUAUAAUCCACAGUUCGCCGAGGGGAUGACAUCAUUUUCAGAUGAGGAGUCCUUGAGCUGGCAUAGAAAAUCAAGUUGGGGACUUCUCCGAUUGAUGAAGGCGGUCUGCAUCUUGCAGAUUUUUCAUAUAGGUCGGAUUUUUUGCUUCUGUUUUACGCCUUAUUUGUUAAGCCGAUCACCAUCCGUUCACUUUUUCAUGUUUCAAGUUAUUGAACCGCAGAUUGUGUCCCAUUUUGUCAUACCAAAUGCAUUGUGUGUUUCCAAUUCGUCUUUUGUACGAUAUCAUCUUUGAUCCAGUAAUUGAACUCAUGUUGGUUGUCAUACUUUUACCGAUGAUAUAGAUUCAUGUCUCAUAGU